AUGUCCUCCGUUCGAACCCAACCGCUCGCUGAGGUCGUCUGGUGGACUGACGAGCAAUUCUGUGUUCGAUGUCCUUAUUGUGAGGAACUUCAUCGCCACGGGUUGAAUUCUAGCAGCAGCACAUCGACGGUUGUCUCCAGGGACUAUCCACGUACCUCACGUGUACCGCAUUGUGCAUUUGCCACCACGAGACCUCCAUAUGAGUGCAGCUUUCCUGUGGACUAUGAAAUCGAUAAACCGAAAGCUCGCUUUGUCAAUAUUCGAACUCUUAUGGACUUACAAGAAGACGAAAAGGAGGAGUCCGAUGACGAGGCGUCCUUGACCAGUUUACUCUCCUACUUGGCCCUGACAGAUACAAAGAAGGAGGUAUUCUUUGACCAUUCCACAGAGGAGAUCACCAUACAAAUGGAAGUUCAAGAACCAUUUACGCAGCGGCGUAUCUUGCAUGCUAUCUCAGACUGCUGCAUGGGCGACGUGAAGCGGGUAAAACAUUACCUGGAAACAUCGCCUGACAAGUCUAUUUUCCUCCACGGGAAAGACACAGAAGGGGAUACAUGCCUCAUUAUGGCCUCGAGGGAGCGAACUCCGGCCAUGGUUUCUCUCCUCUUAGAGAAUGGCGCUGAAGUGAAUGCUAGCAACAAUAACGGAAGAACAGCGCUCAUGGAAGCCGCUCUCUGGGGGAGGCUUGAGACGGUGGAAAUACUCCUUUCUCAUGGAGCUAAUAAAACCCUGCGUGACACCAACAAGAAGAGAGCUUUGGACCUUGCUCAACCGACCCGUCAGAAUCGCGACGAGAGGCACAUAGCCGCAGGCGGAGCAUUGGGUGAUUCCUCUCAAAAACCCCUCUACAACGAGGAUGUCGUUAAUCGAGACGCAGACCGGCGAGAGAUUGCGCGGAUUCUUGAGGGAGGGCAGUCUGGGAGUGGAACAGAUAAUCAUGCCAGAAUGUUCGAGCUUGACGAAAAUUUCUUUCGAAGGUCUUCUGAUGAUUUGUUGAUUUCCUAUUACUCUAUGCCGAGGUCACGAAAAACUGUUGCUGUGCUGGAAAGAGACGGAUAUUUUCCUCCCAAAGCUUCCAUGAGCGGCUGGGCUCACGACGAAGGCAGGUAUUUGACAGAGAGGGUGAUGAAAAUAUCUAAGAUUGUGGGCCAUAACCUACGUCUUGAUGAUCGCUAUGACCAGGGUCAACCCGGGAAGUUCUACGCGUCACACGCAGAAAAACAGCUGAUCGCUUAUUUCAUCGACCGACAUGUUUUCCUGCAGGAAGAUAAAACCCAGAAUCCGCAAUUCUUCAAAAGGAUUGAGCACCUAGAGCACGAAAUCAGUGUCAUGGUGGAUAGAUAUCCCGACGUACGCAAGUUUGACCAAUUGCGGAAGGAUAAGAAAGAGCUUGACUUACAGCUUUUGGACAAGGACGACCGUUUGCUUGGGAAUGAGUACGACGAGGGAUUGGUCAAACAGCUGAAAGAAGAAGUUGCAACCAUCGACCGAGAGCUUGUCACCCUCAAAGGCCAGCGGGAAGUCGUGCAGCUCUUGAGGAAAGAAAAAGAAAUACAGAAGUGCGAGGACAACUGGAAGCUACAUGAGCGCCUGAAUCGCCUGUCAGAAAGGGCGCCAACGAACAUCUUGAAGCGGGCUACCAUACUGAUCACUGCGCCUUCUUAUAAAGUCUGUGAUGACUGCCGCGAGUUUAAUCGCCGAAUCAAUCAAGACCUUGGUCUCUCAAUCCAGCUCUAUGAGCGUACCCAGCACUACUAA